UUCAUCCAUGAUAUAUAGACCUCUAUGAAUUGGCUAAACAACAUCAAACAAUCAAGUCAUGAAUCUACAACUCAUCACUCAGGAGGCCACCUGGAGAAACAAAGCAAAUUUGCAGUAAGAACUGAUUUGUAAUGAGAGCUGAAUGGAAUGCGGUGAGAACUCAUUGAAAUGCUAAGAGAUUUAAUUAAAAUGCACUGAAAACUGAGGCAAUGAGAACUGACUGAUGUGUUAUGAGAUCUGAUUAGAGUGCAACAUGAUCUGAUGGAAACCAGACUGAUUGAAGCUGAAUGUUAUUCAAAGCACUAAAACAUGAUGGAAAUGAACUAUGAGAAGCAGAGUCGAGGAGAACAUUCUGGAAGCAAUUCCACUAUCAUAGAUGACCAAAACAAUUUAGACAGCGAAGAAUAUGUUGAAGCUUAUGAUCCAAUAUUAGAUAUAAAACAGGAACCACCUGAAGGGGAUGACUAUGGAGAACCUGGUGAGAACAGCAUGAAUUAUGACAAUGAUCCAUCCAUCCAAUCAUCUGAAAUGGAUGAAUAUGUUGAAACAGCUGAAGAUAAUUUAAAUUAUGAAAAUGAUCCAUCCAUCCAACCAUCUGAAAUUGAUGAAUAUAAUGAACCAGGUGAAGAUAGUGUAAAUUAUGAAAAUGAUCCACCCAUCCAACCAUCUGAAAUUGAUGAAUAUGUUGAAAGGGGUGAAGAUAAUUUAAAUUAUGAAAAUGAUCCAUCCAUCCAACCAUCUGAAAUUGAUGAAUAUAAUGAACCAGGUGAAGAUAGUGUAAAUUAUGAAAAUGAUCCACCCAUCCAACCAUCUGAAAUGGAUGAAUAUGUUGAAAGGGGUGAAGAUUGUGUAAGUUAUGGUAAUGAUGAUAGUGCUUUUCAUAUAAGGCAGAAACCUGAUACAUUUGAUAUAAAGCAGGAAUAUGAUACAUUUGAUAUAAAGCAAGAACCUAAUGAUUACACAGAAUAUGAUGAUACUAUUUGUGAUAGUAACGCAACAGAACCUUUGUACUCUAAUGUCACUGAUUACACUGAAGAGCUCAACAACUUAAAUUAUCUCAAAAAUGAAGGACAAGAAUAUGAUCGAGGACUUGAUUAUAAAAACAUUUAUGCUGCUAUCCCUAUUAAAACCAUAACGGAAGACAAUUUCAAGCAUGAGACAGGUUAUUCCAAUGUAACAAGUGAGGCUUUUGAGAUGAGAGAUCCUUAUGCACCUAAGAGAGAAGAAGAGUUGAAUAAUUUAGAGAUUAACAUUGACAUUAAACAGGAACCCGGUUCAAGUGAGGAGCUUGACAGAAUACAAGGUUUAUUCGGUUGUCAGUAUUGUCAAGCGAGUUUUCACACUAGUCAAGAUUCAAAUGAACAUGAGCUUCUACAUACUCACUACAGAGGGAGGAAGCUGACACAUCAGUGUUCUUAUUGCUGUAAAUAUUUUCCAACUGAAGGCAAACUUCAGGAACAUGAACGAAAACAUACUGGGGAGAAACCCUUUAAAUGUAAUUUUUGUGAUAAAUAUCUUAGUACUAAAGGCUCCCUUAAGGCCCAUGUGAGGCUUCAUACUGGUGAAAAUUUGUUCAAGUGUUCAUAUUGUGAGAGAUGUCUAACUAGUGAGAGUAAAUUAAUACAACAUGAAAGAAUACAUACUGGAGAGAAGCCAUAUAAAUGUAAAUACUGUGGUAGAAAUAUGGGCACAAAAAGUAGUUUAAAUGCACAUGAAAAGAUGCACACUGGAGAAAAUGUGCUAAAAUGUCAAUUUUGUGACAAAACAGCUACCAGUAGAAGUAAACUUUUAGAGCAUGAACGAUUACAUACUAAGGAGAAGCCAUUUAUUUGUGAUAUUUGUGGUUUAAGUUUUACAUAUGCCAAUGUUCUCAAAGAACACGAAUUGAGACAUACUGGUAAGAAACCAUUUCAGUGUACGUAUUGUGAUAAGACAUUCAGUACAAAGCAUAAGCUUAAUGAGCAUACAACAACACACACAAGUGAACUUGCUUUUAAAUGUAGAUAUUGCGAGGAAUUGUUCAUGAGCAGGAAUAAGCGUACUGAACAUGAGCGGGUACAUACAGGUGUUAGGCCCUUUAAAUGCCGACAUUGUGAUGAAACAUUUAUAUCAUCUACUACUCGUAAACUACAUGAAUUUGUCCACACUGGGAUGAACUUCCAGUGUAAGACAUGUGGCAAAUCUUGCAUAUCUGAGCUGGCUCUGACAAAACAUGAGAAAAACCACAUAAGUACUCCAGAGCAAGACAUUGACACAAUACCACAAAAUGAAAAUGUAACCCAAAAGUUUGUCUUUAAUGAACAAAUUGAGAAUAUGGAACAUGUUGAGAACAAAACUCAGUCAGAUAACUUUAACAUCCCGAUUACCCCUGGGAUUUUUAGUCAAGCCACCAAUAAUAUAUUGAAGUGUAAAUUCUGUUCUAUAUAUUUCACAGAUGCUAAUGCGUUAAAGGAACAUGAAGCUACACAUAUAACUGAGGAUAAACCGUAUAGAUGCCCUUACUGCCAGAAACGCUUCACAUCAGCGAGCAAUUGUAAAGCCCAUCAGAAAAUCCACACAGCUGAAAAAUCAUAUAAGUGUAAAAUAUGUGAUCGCAGUUUUAUUCAAGCUAACUAUCUUAGGAAACACGAGAAGAUUCAUAGUGGACAGAAACCUUUUAAAUGUGAUGUGUGCAAUAAGUCUUUUACGCAAGCGUCAAAUUUAAAGAUUCAUUCUAGGAUCCAUACAGGAGUAAUGCCAUUUAAGUGUCAGUAUUGUGAGAAAGAGUUCAGACAAAAAGGUAACUUAAAGGAACAUGAAAUGGUGCAUACUGGAUUAAAACCAUUCAGUUGUAAAUAUUGCAUUAGAAGUUUUACAACAAGAAAAAGGCUCAUUGGUCAUGAACGGUUGCAUACUGGUGAGAAGCCAUUUAAAUGUAAGUACUGCAGUAAGACUUUCACAAUGUCCUUUUAUUUAUCACUUCAUGAACGACGGCAUAAAGAUAACAAGCAAUUUAAAUGUAGAUUUUGUGACAAGAGUUUUAUAUGGGCCUGUCAUUGGAGGGUUCACAUGAGGAAACACACUGGGUUGAAACCUUACAGAUGUCAAUAUUGCGAUAAAUGUUUUGCAUCAAAAAGUGGCUUUAGAGAUCAUGAAAUCCAGCACACUGGUAAGAAUCCAUUUCCUUGUCAAUAUUGUGAUAAAAGUUUUAGACAGGCAAGUAUUUUGAAACUUCAUGAAAGGAUUCAUACUGGGGAAGCGCCAUUUAAAUGUAACUUUUGCGGAAAGGGUUUCACCCAAGCUGGAAACUGUAGACUUCAUGAGAGAAUUCACACUGGGGAAAAACCCUUUAAGUGUAGUUUAUGUGAAAGAUAUUUUACUAACAAAGCUAGUGCAAAAGAUCAUGAAAAAAUGCACACAGAUUUAAGACAUUUUAAAUGCAGAUACUGCAAUGAUGCCUUUAAUUCUAAACAAACUUUGAAAGCUCAUGAAAUGCAGCAUACAGGUGAACCUGAACUGAAAUGUUCUUUCUGUGAGAAAACAUUUUUGUGGAUGUGUCAUUUAAAGACACAUGAGAGAGUUCAUACUGGUGAGAAGCCAUUCAAAUGUCAAUUCUGCGAAAAAUGUUUUUCUUGUAGAACAGGGUUGCGAAAUCAUGAGAGAACACAUAGUAAAAUAAAACCUUUCAAAUGCCAAUACUGUGAAAAAACAUUUAUCAAUCGUGCUGGGGUCAAAAUUCAUGAACGAACGCAUACUGGAGAAACACCCUUUAAAUGCCAAUAUUGUGAGAGACGUUUUUCACAGAGGGGUAACUUAAGAGAACAUGAGAGAAAGCAUACUGGGGAGAGACCAUUUAAAUGUCAGUAUUGUGCAAAAACGUUUGGCUCUCAGAGUUCUGCCAGAGAACAUGUAAUGAUUCACACUGGCGAGAAAAAAUUCAAGUGCCAAUAUUGUGAUAAACCAUUCAUAAGAUCGAAUGAUGUCAGAAAACAUGAACGAAAGCAUACGGGAGAAAAGCCAUAUACCUGUUUGAUAUGUGACAAAUCUUUUGCGCAAUCAACCAAUUUAAAAACCCAUGAACGCACUCAUGCACAUGCUGCUCGUAAUGCCCAAUUAAAAUCCCUUGAAGGCAUUCAAAUAGCACAGUUCAGUCCAUUGAAGAGUAGCAAUGAUCAAUUACAAGAUGGCGGAAACAACAUCUCAGAGUAGAUGAAGUAAGCCAAUUUUUUGAUGAUUUAUUAAUGAAUUAUCAACAGAUUACCUCCAAUAUAUUUUUAAUGGUUGAUGAAGUUUAGCAAAAAUGAAUGAUAUCGCUAAUUUGUAUUUAUCCAGAAAUAAGUAAUUACUUGCAUGAUUAUAUUGAUUUUUGUCUUUUUGUCUGAAAUGAAUAAUAUUGUUGAUAUUAACCUGUUAAAGUACAUGUAUUAUGUAUAUGAUUAUGUUGACUGUUGUGCAACUUAAUAAAGAUAAAUGCUUCAUAAUACAUUCUUCUGUAUUUCGAGUAUGUACACUGUAUGUAAAAUCAAUGAUCUGCAACCUAAAUAACUAAUGCGGUUAAAUCAAAAUGAUCAGGUUGUAAACGUGAACCUUUUCUCCCUGUUUUAACUUCCCGUUUAUUGAUCCUUUUCAUAAAUACGGACUGGCAGAGUAAAAUAGUUUUAAUUUAAGUACAUGUAAAAUUCAUGAAAUUUAGUGCAAAACUUCCGAGGUUACUUCUACAUGGGUGCUUACCAGACCUCAACAAAAUGUGAGCAUUUGAUGAUUCACAUUAGGGCUGAACAUACCGCCAUGCACGCUUUCUAAUGCAGUACCCUGAAGAUAUUGCUGAGCAGCUUCACCGUAUCAUGGGAUCUGAUUAAAACCCAUACUCUAAUCAUUUUUUUUAUCUU